AUGUUGUCGAAAGUGUUAAAAUGUUUAGUGCUACUUUUCCCCGUUUUUCUACCCGCUCAAGCAUUCUGGUGGCGUGCACCCACCACUGAGCCACCACCACCGGCGCCACCCCUAAUGAAACAAAUACCCCUGACCUAUUUUCGCACUUACACCUAUCAGCAACCCAUGCCCGCCAAUCAAGUGCAGUUUCCUCUGCUAAGUUCCACCGACUAUAUUACAAAUUUCGGAGCCUUAGGCAAUUCACCGUAUUUAAAUCCCAUGAUGCCGCAAGUAAUGCCCAUGGGUAUGCCCACAAAUAAUGAAAUUUUAGUGGAUGUUAAGCCCGAGAGAAACUAUGCAGGUAUUAAUUUGGUAAGAUCUCUGGGAGGAGUAAUACCAGCACCCUUGCCUUUAACUACAACUACCACACCGGAGCCUACCACCACUACCACCACAACUACAACGCCGGAACCCACUACUACCACCACAACUACCACAGAAGCUCCCACCACUAUGGCGCCAGAACCUCCGGCCACCGUUAUGCCCUUAAUACAAACCGAUGCCCUGGUUAAUAUAGAAGCCAGCUAUCCCGCUUUUAAUCGCAAGGUCUUUACCAAUCACUUUAAUAUUAACUACAAUCGUCCUGCUUACCCCUAUCCUGAAUACUCGCUGUACAAACCCAAUUCACCACCCACCAACGAAGAAAACCAACUGCCUCCUAAUGUGGAAUUUGUGCCCUGCAUGUGCCCCAUCAAUAUACAAAAUAAUGGCUUUCCCUCACCCUAUCAAACCGGCGCUAUGCCUUCCCUUACCGGCAAUCCCUCGAAUUCUAUAUUUCUAGCUCAGGGUAGAACAAAUGUUGAAGCAGAAACUUCUUUGGAUUUACCAGUCUCCAAUCAGCCUUUGAAUAUUGAGUUACAAUCGGCAGCCGAAGCUUCCAAUUUAGUGGAUGAUUUGCAUAUGGUGAAAUUGGUGGAUGAUGAGGAAACGGCCACUCAAAGUAAUUUAGCGUGAAAUGU